UGAGAGUGAAAGAGCAAAGACAAGAACUGAAUGAAGUGAAGGAGGAACAUCGAAACUUUACAAUUCAAAGAACAAAAGCCAAAAAGACGCACACCUGCACUCAGUGUGGAGAGAGUUUCACACAGAAAGGAAGCCUUAUCUCACACAUGAGAAUUCACACUGGAGAGAAACCGUAUACAUGCACUCAGUGUGGAGAGAGUUUCAUACAAAAAGGAGACCUUUACAGACACAUGAGAAUUCACUCUGGAGAGAAACCCUAUACAUGCACUCAGUGUGGAAAGAAUUUCACACAGAAAGGAAACCUUUACAGACACAUGAGAAUUCACUCUGGAGAGAAACCCUAUACAUGCACUCAGUGUGGAAAGAGUUUCACACAGAAAGGAGACCUUGACUCACACAUGAGAAUUCACACUGGAGAGAAACCGUAUACAUGCAGUAAGUGUGGAAAGAGUUUCACAAAGAAAGGAGACCUUGACUCACACAUGAGAAUUCACACUGGAGAGAAUCCGUAUACAUGCACUCAGUGUGGAAAGAGUUUCACACAGAAAGGAAACCUUGACUCACACAUGAGAAUUCACACUGGAGAGAAACCGUAUACAUGCACUCAGUGUGGAAAGAGAUUUUCUCGUUUAUCAAGAGUCCGUCAUCAUCUGCUCAUUCACUCUGGAGAAAAGCCAUUUAACUGUGAUCAGUGUGGUAAAGAUUUUAUUUCAUCAUCAAAUCUAAAUAAACACCUGAAACUUCAUUCAGAUGAGAGGCCUUAUGUGUGUUCUUUCUGUGGAAAGAGUUUUUAUAGGCUGGACAACCUUAAAAUACACAUGAGAAUUCACACUGAAGAGAAACCGUAUACAUGCACUCAGUGUGGAAAGAGUUUUUCUCAAGUAUCAACUCUCAGUGUUCAUCUGCGCAUUCACUCUGGAGAAAGGCCAUUUAACUGUAAUCAGUGUGGUAAAGAUUUUAUUUCAUCAUCAAAACUAACAGAUCACCUAAAAGUUCAUUCAGAUGAGAAGCUUUAUGUGUGCUCUCUCUGUGGAAAGAGUUUUUCAUGGCUGAACAGUUUUAAACAGCACCAGAAAACACACAAUGAAGUGAGAGAUUAUAUGUGCUUUGACUGUGGGAAGAGCUUUACUAGAGCUGAGCAUCUGAAACAGCACCAAAGAAUUCAUACUGGAGAAAAACCUUACAAGUGCUCAUAUUGUGACAAGAGAUUCAAUCAUUCUGGAUCCCUGAAAUUACACAAGCGAGUUCAUACUGGAGAGAAGCCGUACGACUGUACUCAGUGUGGGAAGAGUUUCUCCUACUCAUGUAAUCUAGUGACUCAUAUUAGAAAGCAUUGUUCUGUGUCACAGUGAGCAAAUGUUUUGUUAGAUUCACAUAAAGUAAAUGUGUAGUUAGUUAACUAAUAAACUAGUGUUGCUGUGAAAUGCCACAAGAUUUGUGUUUUAUAAGUUGGAGAACAAGAAUAUUAUUGAUGUAGCACCCUGCUAAAUUUAUAUAUUGUUUCUUUUGUGUUCUGCUAACAGAAAUAUAGUAGCUAUAUCCUGAAAUAUGGGCCAGUUCAAUUGUCCCUGGUAACACCUUUUCUUUUUUGUUUUUGUAUUAAUAUGUGUUAAUAAAUUGUGAGGUGUUGAAAGAUGAA